AUGCUCCGCGCGCCCGCCUCUCCCCCAUCCAACAACGCCGCCGCGCCUGACCAUCGCGACGCCACUCGCCGCCCUCCUUCCAGAUCGCUCGUCGCUGCGCCACGCGCCACGCCGCGAGGCCGCGACAGCGACGAUCGCAGCUACUGCCGGGGCAGGGAGCCGCUCCGACCGCCGCACCUCGCGCGCCCUGCGCUUUCCGCCUCGCGCCCGCUUGCGCCCAUUCGACCGCGUGCCCCACGCGCACGAUGGCAGCGAGUCUUGGUAGCGGUGCUGUCCUUGACGGGGAUCGCGCUCGCUCUGGCUCCGUUGGCGGGUGGCGGGCGAUGGCGGCGGGCGGUCUUCUAUCCAUGGAGUCUCCCCGUGCUGCGACGAGCUGGCGACGACGCCAUGCGACACACCGUCUGGCUCAGCGACGGGGACCUGCGACUAUCCGACGACAGAAACGGCCGCUUAGCGGGUGGGUGGGGAGGAGGGGGGAACAUGGGCCAAGGGCUGGCGGCACAGGGGGAUGCGGGGAGCGCGGGGAAUGGGAGCUGGGGUUGGCGCAACUGGAAGGGUGCGGGGGAAGGUGAGCUGGGCGGGGGGCUGAGUGAAGCGCGGAGGAGGGAGGCGCUGCAGGGGCAGGAGUGGGGCAGCAGAGGGGCGAGGCUGAGAGCGCGGGCUGUGGGGGAGCAGAGCCGCCGAGGCGUGGGCGGUGGGGGCGGGAGUGAGCAGCGGGCGGAGGUUUCAAGGGGCGAGCAGGGCGGCGAGGGGGCGAGCACGGGGGCAGCGGGCAGCAGCGGUGGCGGAGGCGGGCAGCAGUACGGCGUGCAGGCAGUGCAGCGGGAGGCGUGGUGGACGGCGUUCCAGAGAGGCGCGGCUGUGAGCUCACAGGGCGUCCACCAGUGCUCGUCGCUGCUGCCCCCUGACAUCCAGCCACUCAACGUGUGCGUGCUCUCCCCCCCUCACACACACGCCUUCCUCGCGCGUGUCGCCCCCACGGCACGCCUGGCAGUGGCGGACCUCACACUGCCGGACGCGCGGUGGCUGCUCGUGUUGCCGAGGCACGGUGUGGGCAACACGCUGCGAGGGUGGGUGUCCGCCGUGCCAUACGCCGUGCUGGCCGGCCGCACACUCGUGCGCGCCCACGCCGCGCAGCACAGCCGCGUGCUCGACAGCCUCUGCCUCGCCUUCCACUGCGCCUUCCCCGCCCUGCAAGGCCCGCUCUCGCUCGCUGCCACAGCAGGGCAGGGCAGCAGGGCGGGGAGUGAGUGCGAGAGGGAGAGGGAGAGGGAGGCGGAGGAGGUGAUGGCGGCAGUGAGGGCGCUGGACCCCAUGUUCUUCCUUGAGAUCUCCGACACGCCCCAUGAGUGCUCCUCUGCUCUGUGCUGCAUGCCCCUCCACCACCACCCUCUCCCAUCCCCCACUGCAGCGGUGGCGGAGACAGUGCCAUCGGACUACCCCCUACUGGCCACGCGGGCCGGCACCUUCUUUGAUGCCUUUUGGGAGCGCUCGCCCCCGCUGCGCGCCUGUGUCCUCGCCGCCUUCCACUGUGCCUCCCUCCACUGCGUGCGCUCCAAAGCCCUCUUCUCCCUCCUCGGCGCCGGCCCCUCCCCCGCCCUGCUGCUCGCCGCCCGCUCUGUGCUGCACGGCCCAGCCGGCAGUGGGGGAGAGGAGGCGGGCCAUGCAGGUGCGGGAGAAAGGGGGAAGUUUGGAGGGGUAGAGAGAAAGGGUGGUGAGAGGGCAGGUGCAGAGCACACGGCGGAACGGCAGACGCAGAAGGGGAGGAUGGAAACAGGUGGGGCGACCCCUGGGCAGACCACCAAGCGGCAUCUCCUGGGCGUGCGGGGCGAGGUUGCAAGUGAGGGAAGGGAGAGGGGUGGAGGUGCGGCGGAGCAAGGGGAGGUGGCGGGGGAGGGGGCGGUGUGGUUUGACGUGGCGGUGCAUGUGCGCACUCGCACUCUGGCCGUGGAGAAGGCUGUCAAGCCCGGCAGCACCGACACACAGUGGCAGGGGUGCACCGAUGCAGGCGCCAAGCCCUCCGCGUCGCCCUUCCUGCAGGACUGCCUGUGGCGCUGCGUGCUCUCCACCGUCGCCCUCCUCGCUGCCAACACCACCACCAGCACCAGCACCAGCAGCAGCAGCGGUGGUGUCCAUGCAGACGAGCAAUCACUGGGCUUGGCAGGAGGUGAAGGAGGGAGGAGGAGGGUGUCGGUGUUUGUGGCGACGGACAAUGAGGAGCUGCGGCCCGUGUUUGUGGAGCGCCUGCAGCGCAUGGGGGGGGUACACGUGUACUGGUCCGCAGCAGCUGUGCGCCACACAUCCAAGGCGGGUGCUGAUGGGCACGCGGGGCAGGGGGGGCUGCAUGGGCUGGCGGAUUGGUGGUUGUUGUCACGUGCCUCUGCUGUGCUGCAGGUGGCGCAUGCUAGCUCCUUUGCUUACUUCGCUGCUCUCUUUUCCAACAGCACCCUUGCUUCGAUUUCCACGCUAAAUGGCCACUGUGAUGUGCAUUAUGAGCAUAUAGCUGAACCUGUUACAUGA